GAAUUUAGAUAAUGGGCUGUGUGCAAUGUAAGGACAAAGAAGCAACAAAACUGACGGAGGAGAGGGAUGGCAGCCUGAACCAGAGUUCUGGGUACCGCUAUGGCACAGACCCCACCCCUCAGCACUACCCCAGCUUUGGCGUGACCUCCAUCCCCAACUACAACAACUUCCACACAGCUGGGGGCCAAGGACUCACUGUCUUUGGGGGCGUGAAUUCUUCGUCUCAUACUGGAACGUUGCGUACAAGAGGAGGAACAGGAGUGACCCUGUUUGUGGCCCUUUAUGACUAUGAAGCACGGACAGAAGAUGACCUGAGUUUUCACAAAGGAGAAAAAUUUCAAAUAUUGAACAGCUCGGAAGGAGACUGGUGGGAAGCCCGCUCCUUGACAACUGGAGAGACAGGCUACAUUCCCAGCAAUUAUGUGGCCCCAGUUGACUCCAUCCAGGCAGAAGAGUGGUACUUUGGGAAACUUGGCCGAAAAGAUGCUGAGCGACAGCUCUUGUCCUUUGGAAACCCAAGAGGUACCUUUCUUAUCCGAGAGAGUGAAACCACCAAAGGUGCCUAUUCACUUUCUAUCCGCGACUGGGAUGAUAUGAAAGGAGACCAUGUCAAACAUUAUAAAAUUCGCAAACUUGACAAUGGUGGAUACUAUAUUACCACCCGGGCCCAGUUUGAAACACUUCAGCAGCUUGUACAACAUUACUCAGGUACCUGGAAUGGAAAUACAAAAGUAGCCAUAAAGACUCUUAAACCAGGCACAAUGUCCCCUGAGUCAUUUCUCGAGGAAGCACAGAUCAUGAAGAAGUUGAAACAUGACAAGUUGGUCCAGCUCUACGCAGUGGUGUCUGAGGAACCCAUCUACAUUGUCACCGAGUAUAUGAAUAAAGGAAGUUUACUCGAUUUCUUAAAAGAUGGAGAAGGAAGAGCUCUGAAAUUACCAAAUCUUGUGGACAUGGCAGCACAGGUUGCUGCAGGAAUGGCUUACAUCGAGCGCAUGAAUUACAUACAUAGAGACCUACGAUCAGCAAACAUUCUAGUUGGGAAUGGACUUAUAUGCAAGAUCGCUGACUUUGGAUUGGCCCGGUUGAUUGAAGAUAAUGAGUACACAGCAAGACAAGGUGCAAAGUUCCCCAUUAAGUGGACAGCCCCCGAAGCAGCCCUGUAUGGGAGGUUCACAAUCAAGUCUGACGUGUGGUCGUUUGGAAUCUUACUCACAGAGCUGGUCACCAAAGGAAGAGUGCCGUACCCAGGCAUGAACAACCGGGAGGUGCUGGAGCAGGUGGAGCGUGGCUACAGGAUGCCCUGUCCGCAGGACUGCCCCAUCUCGCUCCACGAGCUCAUGAUCCACUGCUGGAAAAAGGACCCUGAAGAGCGCCCCACAUUUGAAUACUUGCAGGGCUUCCUGGAAGACUACUUUACCGCAACAGAGCCCCAGUACCAGCCAGGUGAAAACCUGUAAGACCUGGGUCUGCAGAGAGGCCUUGUACAACUGGCUCCCCACCCCUCCCAUUAGCUUUCAAUUCUGUAGCCAGCUGCUCCCCAGUGAGCGGCAAGACCGUCCAGGAUCAGAUUGCAUGUGACUCUGAAGCUGGUGAACUUCCACGGCCCUCGUUAAUGACAGUUUUCCCCAAAUUGAACCUCCUCUGUGAAGCAUACAAGACAGAACCUUGUUAUUUCUCAGACUUUGGAAAAUGCAUUGUAUCGAUGUUACGUAAAAGGCCAAACCUCUGUUUAGUGUAAAUAGUUAACUCCAGUGCCAACGACCCUAGUGCUUUCCUUUUUUAAAAAUGCAGAUCCUAUGUGAUUUUAACUGUCUUCACCUGAUUCAACUAAAAAAAAAAAAAAGUAUUAUUUUCCAAAAGUGGCCUCUUUGUCUAAAACAAUAAAAUUUUUUUUCAUGUUUUAA